UGGGGGAGGGGAGAGCGGAGGCGGAGGGUAGUGCGGGGCUAUGGCGGUGCUGCUGGAGACCACGCUGGGCGACCUGGUGAUCGACUUGUACACGGAGGAGCGGCCGCGCGCUUGUCUGAAUUUUCUGAAGCUUUGCAAAAUCAAAUACUACAAUUACUGCCUAGUUCAUAAUGUACAGAGAGAUUUUAUUAUACAAACUGGUGAUCCCCAGGGGACUGGACGUGGAGGGGAGUCUAUUUUUUGUAAACUGUAUGGCGAUCAAGCUAGAUUUUUCGAGUCAGAAAAGGUGCCAAGAAUUAAACACAAGAAAAAAGGAACAGUGUCAAUGGUGAACAAUGGCAAUGAUCAGCAUGGAUCUCAGUUUCUUAUUACCACUGGAGAAAACCUAGAUUACCUUGAUGGCGUGCACACUGUGUUUGGAGAAGUAACAGAAGGCAUAGAUGUAUUGAUGAAAAUAAAUGAGACCUUUGUUGACAAGGAGUUUAUUCCUUAUCAGGAUAUUAGGAUAAAUCAUACAGUGAUUUUAGAUGAUCCAUUUGAUGACCCACCUGGUUUGAUGAUUCCUGAUCGCUCUCCAGAGCCCACUAAGGAACAGCUGAAUAGUGGUAGAAUAGGAGCAGAUGAAGAAAUUGAUGAUUUCAAAGGAAGGCCUGCUGAUGAAGUGGAAGAAAUUCAAGCAGAGAAAGAAGCAAAAACUCGAGCCAUUCUUCUGGAAAUGGUGGGAGACUUACCAGAUGCAAAUAUCAAGCCACCAGAAAAUGUGCUGUUUGUCUGUAAACUAAAUCCUGUGACCACAGAUGAAGACUUGGAGAUAAUAUUUACACGGUUUGGGCCCAUUAGAAGCUGUGAAGUGAUUCGAGACUGGAAGACAGGUGAAUCGCUUUGUUAUGCUUUCAUUGAGUUUGAAAAGGAGGAAGAUUGUGAGAAAGCAUACUUCAAAAUGGAUAACGUGCUCAUAGACGACCGGAGGAUACACGUGGAUUUUAGCCAGUCUGUUGCAAAGGUGAAAUGGAAAGGAAAAGGUGGGAAAUAUACUAAAGAUGAUUUUAAAGAAUAUGAAAAGGAAUCUGGUAAACCUUCCAAAUUAUCUCUGAAAGAGAGAGCUAAACCAAAGCAAGAUUCCAAGUACAAUCUGAUGCUGGAUGAACAAGAAGAGGAAUCUAAAGCUAGUCACUCACACUCAGGCAAAAAGCACAAGAAGAAGAAGCACCGGCAUUCUGAUGAUGAAGAGGACAAUAAGCGGACCAAAAAAUCCAAGGAUUCUGAUCGAAAAUAUGAAGGAGAAUGCUGUAAAGAGAAGAGAAAGAGUGAAAAGAAAGACCGACAUCAUAGCCGUAGUCGCAGCCGAUCUCGAGACAGAGAUAGACAUUAUAGCUCCAGCAAAUCUAAAGAGAAAUACCAGGAAGACGCUCAGGAACGAGAACGGAGCAAAAAGAGAGAUGGAAGCAGAAGUCCUAAAAAAUCAAGAGAGAAAGAGAGGUCCAAAUACAGAUGAUGGAGGAGGAUGACAAUGAUCAAAUGAAUGGAACUGAAAUACCUUUCUCUUUCUUUAUCACACCUUUGAACAACUCUGCUGACACUGGAACAGAGCUGUCAAAUUCUGUCUGCUGUCAUUUUGGUUUGAUACCUCUAAGAGCACCAGUGAGCAACUUCCUAUAGAAAGAAUACUGCUUGAAUUCUGUCACAUUGUCUCAAUAAAUCAUGUUUUAUUUUAUUUGUAUUUCUCUGCUAAAUCCAUUGAUGCACUCAAGGAAGGCUCUUGAGUUCUUAAAAACCCUCUCAUGCCCAGGUAUUACUGUGAUAAGAAUGGAAUAAAUCCCUAGAUAGUUAGCUUCCUCCUCUUCCCCCUUGCAAAAUAAAUAGAUAUUAUUUGCGGAUGAAUUCUCAAGGCUUCUUACCUUUCUCUGAAAUCCAGGUCUUCAAAAUGGACUUAUGAUCAGAGUGCCAAAGCAGCUGAGCUGUGCCCAGUGGUGCCUGUGUGAGGCGAAAGCACUGUGAAUCUAGGUGCAAUAGUUCCUCAUCUGUAGGUCAUUCUGCUGGCAGCUCAUGUGAAGAUGCUUGACCAGUUUAUUGUAACACUUAUUACAGUAGUGCCUACAGUAGUGCUUACAGUCAAAGAACACAAUACCAUUAAAUGAUGCAUUAGGCAAUGAGGCAGUUCUUGGUUCACAAAGGCCUCUUAUCUGUGUCAGACAGGAUAUAAUAGAUGGACAAAACGAAGUGACAAGAUCAAAGAGGGCUGAAAGAAUGAGAUAAUAGAAAUGGAUAGAGUUAUCAAAUUCAUAGGUUCCCACUUAAUUGCCAAAUGUCACAUAGGACAUUCAUAAUAGAAGUAAGUGAAAUCAUUUCCAUAUUGACAGAGGCAUGUGUGGCUAUUAUUGAUUGGGUAUAAUUUUUUUAAGGAGUUUAAGAGACUAGGUCCUGUUGAAAUUCAGUGGGUUAUUAAAUGCCAAAGUCAUUUUUGAAAAUGAGAGAAUAACUUUAAAAAAUGAUUAUGUGCAUGCAUGUUAAAAUCAAAGGGGAGUUGAGAAGAGGCAUUUGCACUGAUGUAGAGAGGGGGGCAUGCCUACACAAGAUGCUACUGCGCAGUGGUCUAUAUAAAUACUAAAUAAAUGCACAGUAACUGGAGUUACUGCACAGUAGCUGUGGCAAACGUGUCUCAGUGCCACAAAACACUACUGCUCAGUAGCAUCAUGCUAUGGUGCGGUCAGCAUCUUCUGCAGACAUGCCCACUGAGAAGGAUAAAGGCACUGGAGAAAGUAUAGUAUGAUUAACAUCUGUCUGCAAUGGUUUAGACAAGAAUAUAGUGGCAUGGAACAGGGGCUUGGAUUAAAUGAUGUCCUGAUGUUCUUUCCAACCCUGUUUUCUAUGAUUUACUAUUGUUGCUAUUCAGUUUUAUAUUUCCUAUGUCUUUUAUGUGUGUGACAGCUUGAGGGUUGCCUUACAAAUUCCAUUUUUGUUCUGUGAAUACCAUUUAUGACUGCAAACGUGAGUGUGCCACUGCAAAUUCAUUUUGUAGAUUUGUUUAUAGAUUUUAUUGAGUUUUAUAGUUCAUGUAGGAGGAACCUGACCACUCAUACAGAGGCUACAUUGGGAAGCUGUGACUGAGUAAUUAAGGAGCAUGAAUAUUGGAAGUCUUCCCUAAAAGAGCAAUGGGUGUUCUGCUAGUGGGGCCUGUGGAUUUGAAUAGACUCCAUCCAGAGGUCCAUGUGAAGUUAGGGAUUGGAAAAUCCCUCACAGGAGGGCAGGGGCUAGAUAGUGUGUUAAAGGGGGUAAAGGAAGCUAUCUAUUGCCCCAUGCAGGCAAUAGAUCUGGGUCUGCAAGGUCUAUCAGGGUCUUCAGAGCAGAUGAGUUGCCUGGCCCUAAAGUACUUAUACAAAACUACAACAUGCAUGAUGGUGAGGACACAAAGCUGGGUUUGUGUUCAGGAACUUGUGUUUUGUAACUCCUGUGCUUUAUUAAAAAUAAAUGUAUAGUAUCAAAGAA